AUGGUGGAAACGGUCGCUGAUUUGAAGGCCCAACUUGCAGCCUCCAAUGCUCGAGCGGCCAAUCCGGAGGGGCGCCAUGAGCACCGUCGACAACCCUCACCGACCAGCUCGGAGGAGGAAGACGAACAACGUACGGAGAAUGAAGCCCGGAAUCCUUUUGCAAGGCGCGGAGUCCAAGGGCAUCAACCCCACAUCCAAGCCCAAGCCAAUCGAUGGGAAAGCGGUUUCAAACUCGAUAUUCCAGAAUUUCAAGGGGGUCUCCAACCCGAAGAAUUCUUGGAUUGGGUAGCGGCCGUUGAAGAAAUUCUUGAUUUCAAAGGGGUGCCUGACGAUCGACGAGUUUCUUUAGUCGCAACCAAAUUCCGGGGAAGGGCAGCUGCAUGGUGGCAGCAAUUGAAGCAAUCCCGAGGGCGGCAAGGCAAGACGAAGAUCAACAAGUGGGAGAAACUGUUGAAGCAUAUGAGGCCAGCCUUUUUACCCUAUAAUUACACUCGAACUAUGUAUCAAAAGCUGCAAAACUUGAGCCAAGGGUCAAAGUCCGUGGACGAAUACACGGAAGAAUUUUACAAGUAUCUAACACGUGUUGAUCUAGCCGAAACUGACGAUCAAUUAGUGUCACGAUACAUUGGGGGUUUACGUCACCAAAUUCAGGACUCGUUAAACCUCUUUGACCCAAAAAAUGUGUCGGAAGCCCAUCAAAGAGCACUCUUGCUUGAGAAAACGGCCUCACGAGGGUCCUAUGGAAUUUUUGGCCGUGGAACCGGGGGAAGCACAAACCGAUCAAGCGGGCCAUUCACGGCUCGAAGCCCCACGCAAACCCCAACUCAAAACCGGAUCCCAACCACAACGGGUCCAUCCAACCGAGGGGCAACUACGAGUGGCCCUAAAUGCUUUCGAUGUGGAGAAUCAGGCCAUCGAAUGGCGGAUUGCCGAAAAGGGGACAAAUACGGUAAAGGUUUGCUUAUUGAGUCGGGAGACACCUUCGAUGAACAAGGUGAGGAUGAGGAGUAUGACACCACCAUUGAGGACCAUGGGAACGAUGAUGGAGAAUUUGUAUCCGGAGAUGACGGUCCUCUUUGGAUGAUACGACGAAUAUGCUUAACACCUCGUAAGGAGGAAGGUGAUGAUGGGCAGCGCCACAAUCUUUUUCACUCCACAUGCACCAUAGGGGGAAAAGUAUGCAAACUUAUCAUCGACGGAGGCAGUUGUGAAAACGUGGUGGCGGAAGAAGCGGUCCGAAAAUUAGCCCUUGAAACAGAAAAACAUCCUACACCAUACCGCUUGGAGUGGCUCAAGAAGGGAAACGAGGUAAUAGUAUCCAAACGUUGCCUUGUAACUUUUUCAAUUGGAUCAAGAUAUAAAGACAAAACUUGGUGUGAUGUGGUGGCCAUGGAUGCAUGCCACUUAUUGCUAGGAAGGCCUUGGCAAUAUGAUAGGAAUGCUCAUCAUGACGGAAGGAAGAACACCUAUAGUUUUUUAGUUGAUAAUGUAAAACUCACUCUUUUGCCUAACCCGGGAGACAAGCCUAAACCUUCUAAAGGGGCGGGCCAAAAUCUCUUAGCUAAGAGGGAAUUCAUUAAGGAGAUGCGUGAUUCCAAUCAAGUAUAUGUCCUAGUUGGAAAGGAAUGCACUCCCACGGAGGAGGAGGUCCCGGUUGCAAUCAAGGGAUUAGUGGAGGAGUUUGCCGAUGUGUUCCCAAAAGAAUUACCGGAAGAGCUGCCGCCUCUUCGCGACAUUCAACACCAAAUUGACUUGGUGCCCGGUUCUAAUCUCCCCAACCGACCACACUACCGCAUGAGUCCCAAGGAGCAUGAAGAGCUGCGCCGUCAAGUGGAAGAGUUACUAACCAAGGGACAUAUCCGGGAAAGCUUGAGCCCAUGUGCAGUUCCAGCUUUGCUUACACCUAAGAAAGAUGGAUCAUGGAGAAUGUGUGUCGAUAGCCGCGCUAUCAAUAAGAUCACAGUAAGGUACAGAUUUCCUAUUCCUAGAUUAGAUGACUUAUUAGAUCAAUUAAGUGGGGCAACAAUAUUUACAAAGUUAGACUUGAAGAGUGGGUACCAUCAAAUUCGGGUACGGGUUGGUGACGAAUGGAAGACCGCGUUCAAGACACGUGAAGGACUCUACGAAUGGUUAGUAAUGCCGUUUGGCUUAUCUAACGCUCCUAGUACCUUUAUGAGAGUUAUGAAUCAGGCAUUCCGCCCAUUCAUUGGAAAGUUUGUAGUUGUCUACUUCGAUGAUAUCCUCAUAUAUAGCUCUACCAUUGAGGAGCACCUUCAACAUGUAAGGGAGGUACUAAGUGUCUUGCGCAAGGAGAAAUUUUACGCAGCCCCGGCAAAAUGCAAUUUCAUGACGGAAUCCGUUCUUUUUCUUGGGUAUGUGGUGUCCAAGGACGGGUUAGCGGUGGAUGAGUCAAAGAUAGCAGCAGUUCGGGAUUGGCCUCUCCCCACUACACUACAUGAGCUGGUUCUGGUUCUGAAUCUUAAUCUGAAUCUGAAUCUGAAAUUUAACAACCAAGAGAUAUUGAGAGAGAAAAAUGAAGAAAAUGAUGGAGAAGAAGAUGAGUACUUCAAUUUACACGAAGGAUUAAGAUAA